GAGAGAGAGGGGGUCUCGAGCCUGCCCGCUGUCAACAGCGUCAAGCUAGGCUGGGAAGCAUGGAGGGGAGCCGCGGGGCUUCGUGGAUGAAAUAUGGGUCUGUGGUGUCCUUACUGGUCGUCAUCAUGGCCGUUUGGUUUCGGUCACCGGACAGUGAGGUACUGGACACCCGGCUGGACACGGUGUUGUCGUCGCUCCUGCGCGCCGAGAGCAAAGUUGGAAUGAAUCACGUCGCUCGGCCGAAAGUGGCCAUUGGUUUCGGAGGAUGCGUGGACCUGCUCGUGGACGCUGUGACGCUGCUCGAUAAGAUCAGCCUCGUGCCCGCCGAGCAGCCCCUACAUCACGACUACAUAGAAAACGCUGAGCAGCUCUCUCAGAGCUUCGCCUACUUCUUUGCACCAGGCGCGGCGGCAGAGCGCUUCGUGCUGAAUGAGACUCUCUUCAACGAGCUGGUUGAGGCCUCCCGUGACCUACCUGGAAACAGAUGGUCGGUGGGAGGCAAUGCCCCCGUCAUGGCCGGCCGCUUGGCCACCGAGGGAUGCGACGUCCUGCUCGGGGGUAGCUUUAGCCCGGAUUUUACUGAUGUCCUUUCACAGCACAUCACUGUUGCGGGCAACAUCGUAGAAGAGCCCGACGUACAUCUCAUCCUGGAGUAUCCAUCUGGCGCAAAGUGGGGGCGCUAUUCCUCCCGUCGAGCCAACAGGUACAUUGUUCACAGUGACGACCAUAACCCUUACCUGGCAUCCAUGGAAGAGUUUGCCAAAAAGCUCAGAGACUUUGACCCGGACCUUCUGGUCGUGGGCGGCUUACAAAUGAUGGACAACUUUCCUUUCCUGUCUGGUGAGCGUGCCGCUCUGCUCUCCCGCCUGGCAGAAGUGCUAGCCACCUCCUCGCCCACGCUUGGCGUCCAUUUUGAGAUGGCCAGUUUUGUGGAAGAGAGCAUCAUGGAAGACCUGCUGCAUUAUGUCAUCCCUCAAGCGGACUCCUUAGGAAUGAAUGAACAGGAACUUCCCAACCUGCUGAGUCUCCUCAAAGGCUCCGCCAUCACAGUACUUUCCGACCCGAACCCUCGCGUGGCUACUGUCCUGGACCAAAUGAGGGAGGUCUACCGCAUGGUCAACCAGCGCUACAAAGACGCCAUCGCUCAGGGCGACGACGCCCAAGCGUGGGGCAAGCCUCUGACCCGCCUCCACGUGCACACAUUAGCCUUUCAGGCCAUGAUCGUGACCCGGGGUUCCCAGUGGAAGAACACCAUGUCGGCCACCGCCAAGGCCUCGCUCACGGCCAACCGCCACGUGUGCGGCUCCGACGACAUCGACCCCAGCAAGGCCAGGCUGAUCAUGGACGACUCGUUCUCCAUCAGCCGGCGCGAGGGCAGCCAGCGCAUCCCCCUGCAGGAAAGCCGGCCCGUCAGCUGCUGGGAGGAGGACGACUACGAGAUCUGCGUGGCACCUGUGCUCGUGUGCACCGAGGUGUACCAGACGGCUGGCGGAGGAGAUAACGUAUCAGCUGCUGGCCUGGUUCUACAGAUCUAAACUGUCGGUCUUUGCGACUCACCACACAGUUUGACUCUGAUCGUCUUAGUGUGAUGCAAAGCGGAGGCGUCGACUCCGCUGCCUGCCAGGUUAAAAUCAUAAUGUGGUGGACCACUCAGAUAAGUAACAGAAUAUAUUGUAGAGGUUUGGGUCAUUCCUUUCUAGACCUUUUCAGGAAGCUCUCACUCAAUGUGGGCUUUAUCCUCUUGAAUGAGAAAAAUAUGCAUUUCGUAACGAUUUCUUUUUUAGUUGUUUGGUUUUCGAGUUGGCAGCAGGCCUCACAAGUAUUUAGCCCAUGCGCUUCACAGUCUGGAGUUGGUGGGAGUUUGAAUUUGGGCUUCGUUUGCAUACCUAUGAUUUUUUUUUUUUUUUUUUUUUGGCUUCCGCCUACAUUCCCGAAAACAUGCUUGUUUAGUUCAUUGAAGACUCUAAAUUGCAUGUUGAUGUGAACGUGAGUCUGAAUGGUUGUUUGUCUAAUUGUCCCUCGCGAUUGGCUUGGGACCAGUGGAGGGUGUACCCCCCCUCUCGCCCAAAGUCUGCCCGGAGAGGCUCCAUCUCACUCGUGAACAUUCAAGAGAAUAAGCGCAGUAGAAAGUUGAUGGAUUAUUUUCAAGAUGGGGCAGCACAGUGAAUCAGUUAGUAAAGCGUUGGCAUGACAGUUCUGAGUUCCCUGGUUCAAUCCCGGCCCCGCCUGUGUGGCAUUUGCAUGUUCUCCCCGUGCCUUUGUGGCUUUUUUCCAGGCACUCCGGUUUCCUCCCACUUCCCAAAAACAUGCAACAUUAAUUGGACACUCUAAAUUGCCCAUGGGUGUGAUAGUGAGUGUGCAUGGUUGUUUGUCUCGAUGUGCCCUGCGAUUGGCUGGCAACCAGUUCAGAGUGUACCCCGCCUCCUGCCCGUUCACAGCUGGGACAGGCUCCAGCACUCUCCGCGACCCUCGUGUGGAUAAGCGGCAAAGAAAAUGGAUGGAUGGAUGGUUUUUCAAUUUGAAAUCUCCUCUCCCUCGUCACUUCUUCUCAGCAACAUUCUGCCAUAUUUGCUGAGUCAUUGUAAGUCCGCCGGCUGACCUCCGUUCUUUGUGUUCAGUUUGGACCAGAGUGAGGCAUUUAAAACCUUGGACCAAAGGGUGAUUUUCCAGCUACUAAAUCUCCGGAGCAAAUUCAGUUGUUAAAUGCAAAGAUUCUUGCAACCUAAUGCCUCGAUACAGACAAAUCCCCAAAACAUUGCUGUUGACACGGUCAGUCCUCCGUUGCAGCUCUGCUUAUGACCUCGCGGGGUGCAAAAAUAGCUGAUGAAGCUCAUCCAAUCAUUUCAGGUCAAUGUUGUGGGGAUUAAACAGCGAGUGGAAUAUAGAUUUAUGAUUCUGAGGAGGAAUGGGCAUUAGAUCGAAUGUAAUUGAUGAAUUAUGCAAAAACGUUUUUAACUAUUGUUUUUAAAAAGAUGGAAUGUCUUGCUGUGAGGUUUGGCCGAUUUAAUAAUAAUGUCUUCCACUAGCACCUCUGUUGGUUUACAGUCACUACAUUUUUGUCCCCCCAGCAUUGUGUAGCAUUUAAUCAAACCAUGUUGGACUCAAUGAACCAAAUCUCGUGUCGCGUAAUUGUACAUUUAGUAAAAAGGGGCCAAGCUGAUAGAUCCGGUUGUAGUUCAAAGGUCACAACCGCAUCCUUUUCGUCUCCCACAUUGCAGUCAAAUGGAAAGAAAAUGAUUGACGCUCGAAAUGAUCCCAGUAUAUGUGAAAGUAUGGAUUUUGAGUAUGCUAUAUCUUUAAUUGUUGUCACUCACCGUGCAAUAAGACAAAAAAAAAAAAUCUGUUCAGAUGCUGGAAUUUCUUUUGAUUUUACAUCCCUUGAUUUCUACUGUCCACGUUUGUUGUGUGCGUGUCUGUAUCUUUAAGGACCAAAUAAGCAGAGAGCAUUGCCUCCCAGCACAUUCCACGUUCCCUCUAACCUCCACGUUUCUUAUUUUGCCACUACUUCUUACCACUAAAACUUUCAUGAAAUCCAUGUUUGGUUUGUCGUGUAUCAUGUUACAAUGCAAACGGGUGUGGUCGAGAGAACAUAAGCUACCCUGAAUUGUUCUUAUCAUUUUGGUCUAACGCUGGGGUGGGGAUAUUUGCUGGAGUUAAAUGAGCCUUCUUUUUUUUUUUUUUUUUAAAUUAAUGUGGAAAGGGGAUGUUUUGAGGCAAAAUGUGCUUCAAUGUGUGGACACAGUGAUGGGAAAACAGGCUCGCCGGUCAUGUUAUUUCAAUUUUUUUCCCGUUUUGUUUUGCAGAAUAUCAGCGUGAAUUCAUCCUGAUAGGAGUGUUUGCUAACAUAUCACUUUAUCUUCAUUCUUCGUCUUUUCAUUGUUCGUGUUCCUUUUACCACCUCUGUGAAAACUCAGUUGAGAAUAAAUGCUGACACAGCAGUUGGUGUUUUUUUAAUACACUCAGUCGCCUUCUGUUACUAAGGUAUGUCAUAUUUGAUUCUAAAUAUAAAAGUUAUGUCGUGCUUCAAGUUGCGAAGUUGUGCCAGACGUGACCUAAGUUUCUUGAUUGGAUUCCACAUUUUUAAA